AUUAGCAAUCUUACAUCUAACGGCAACAAUGAAGUCUUAUUUGGAAACCUUUUACGCUCAGACAGAUUUUCGGUGGAUUGUCUUUUUUUUUUACAAAAAGAAAAAAGAAUCUUAUCAGACCAUCUCAAGUUAACAGAUUUUGACUACGAAGAGGUGGUGUCAACAUAUAAUUCAAUUUAUUUGGACCCCGGAAGAAAGGCAGUAUAUACAGCAGUGUGUGGCCUUGUCAAGGAUGUCCACCCUAUUAUACGUUUUUCAACCAAAGAGUAUUAUCACUACACCGGUUCAACAAAAUUUUUAGUAGAUCAACAAAAACUUAAAAAAAAACCAAAUGGAAUUGAGGAAGUAGAAUCGAAAAUUCCAACACACAAGACAGCAAAAGCAGAAAAAUAUUAUGAAUACUUACAAUUUAUGCUUGAGCAUAUUGAUAUACUAUUUGAUUUCUACAAAGAUACCAGUGGCAAAGGUCGUUUCGCAUUGUGUCAAGGUCGCCAACGGGCUCCAGAAAUUGUGACCAACAUCUUGCUUAAUGGCGGGCUGAAAUACAACCGUGAAAGAAGAAGAAGAAGCAGGAAGAAGAAGAAGAAAAGUAAGAAAAAAGAGAAAAGAAGACAGGAAAAAAAAAAAGAAGGAAAAGAACAAAAAGAAGAGGGAAAGCAGGAAUAA